UCUUCCAUAUCUCAUCCUCUCCAGAUCACACAGUUGAAGAUAGAACACAACCCGUUCGCGAAGGGCUUCCGAGGCGGGGACGAUACAGAGUUCAGCCGGUCAGCGCGGAAAAGCAUCAACUACCCAGUUAUACCCAGGAGCAACCCCGUACAAGCGUCCUUACUACCUCGGGGCAGGCCGAACAACAACUACGCCUGCUCCAGUAACAUGGCGGACACCUGUCCGUCCCUGUCCGCCAACCACUACCAGCAGACGACAGCCGGGUACAACACCGUGCCGCUAGGCUCGGCUAUCCAGAUGACCGCACAGGAAAACAGUACAGGUUGUAUGCAGAACUCUUUCAGCGGAAAUACAGACCUCGGCCCUCUCCCCAAGCGAGCUUGUCGGGAGGAAGACCGCUUGCUGUCGGACAACUCUGCCCCAACCUCCACCCUCACGACUUGGUCGAACCCACAGAUACUUCCAAAUAUGGAGAACCUCCAGCCGUUGAACAGGGAAACGUGUAUGUUUGCUAACUCAACCGGUGGUGAUACUUCUCUUCUUGCUGCCCCACAGCCUUUGGAUCCUCUAUCCACGGCUUUCAACAACAACCAGAACUUUUCCGUGCCGUUUUCUUCGUCUGGCGGCACGGGUUUUGUGUCAAACACGGGCAUGAAUUUCCUUCCAUCCUGUAGCUACGCACAGAUGCCACAGCAAGGUCUGGGGAUGAACGGCACUCCGUUUUUACACGAAGUUUCUAGAAACGUCGGUUGUCCCUCCAUGCAAAUUCCACAAUAACUCAUACACAGUUAGGCCAUGUUGAUUUGAUUAUAUGGAUGACGUCCACGCGCGCAUGAAUUUU